GAUGGAACAAACGGUGUUUGGUCUUUCCUGCACUGGACUGGGCAGACUGGAUUCAGAAAGCACAGAGGCUCAAUCCUGAGGCAUAGACCACGUUACCUACUGGAGUAAGGCAACUGCAGUGGAAAAAAUAUGUUCUCCUAGCCCCAGGGUAAGUUUGAUUCUCAAUACUAGUGUGCUUUUUAAAGAACGACUGACAAUACAAGACAAUGCACAGUGUAUAUCCUGAUGACAUUUUGUGUGCUGUGACAUGAUUUUUGCCAUGGCAUCUGAGACUGAAAAGGCCCAUGCUCUUCUCCAAACUUUCAGCACAGCUUCAGUUAUUUCUAGUCUAGGUUUGGGGAUAUUCUGCUUUGUAGCAGACAGACUUCUGCAGUUUUCCUUCAUUCAGCAAAAUGACUGGCUCCGAGCCUUCUCUGAUAAUGCAGUGCAUGGUAUACUAGGAAUGUGGUCCUGGGCAAUAGUGAUUGGACUUAGGAAGAAAAGUGACUUCACUGAGGUUACUCUGGCUGGCUUCCUCGCCUCUGUCAUUGAUGUGGACCACUUCUUUCUUGCUGGUUCCAUCUCAUUAAAGGCUGCUCUGGCACUUCCACAGAGACCACUUCUUCAUUGUUCUACUGUGAUUCCUGUUGUGGCUCUGACAUUAAAGUGUGUUAUGCACCUUUUCAGGCUUAAGGAUUCAUGGUGCUUUCUUCCCUGGAUGUUGUUCAUAUCCUGGACUUCUCAUCACGUCCGUGACGGGAUUCGUCAUGGCCUCUGGAUCUGCCCGUUUGGAAAAACUCCUCCUUUGCCAUAUUGGCUGUAUGUGGCAAUUACAGCAUCUUUACCUCAUCUAUGUUCAUUUAUCAUGUAUUUAACUGGCACUAGAGAAUUAAUGUCUAUAAAACAUGGAAUCCGCAUUGAGGUAUAAGAAUGGUGCCUCUUACAGGUUGUUCGUAUUAGCACUUGAAAUAAGCUGUCUGUUUAUCACUGAAGUGGUUUCCUUACGUUUCCUAAAACUUCAGAGUUAGGCAUUUUAAGCCUGUGGAGCCAGUUACAGCUCCUGUGUCAAUUCCUUGUGGUCACAGAAACCUAUUUAAUGAAUGGCAGUAAUUUUAUAUCUAUACAUUCCCCUUGUAAAAUAUGUGGUCUUCCAUUAUAGCUCAUGCAUAGCUAGCUGAUUUAUAAAGUAGUUAGUCUCUCUCUGUAGUAAUUACAUUACAUUUUACUGCCAUGUUGCCAUUCAUCUGAUCACCGUUUGCUUUGUAUUUUUAUUCUGCCUUUAGAUAAUACAUUACAUCUAGGUAGCAUUUGUAUAGCACUUUAAAAAUGUAAAGUACUGUAUAAAUGCUAAG